AGGUGUUAAGAUGCAAACAGCAGACAGCAUGGAGCCCAACAUCAACCUGAAGGUGAAUUUCAGAGGAAACUACAGGAGCCUGGUCCUGACGGGGCCGGAGAGCCGCAGCUGGGAGGCCGUGGAGGCCCUGGUGAAGCGCUCCUUCGGCCUCUGCAGCCUUCAGCUUACCUACUUUGACGAGGACAACGAGGAGGUGUGUGUCAACAGUCAAGUUGAAUAUGAGGAGGCCCUGAAGACUGCGGGCCGGCAGGGGAACCGCCUGCACAUGAACGUUUCCGAGGCCCGGGGACAGCCGGCGAGGGUCCUGGCCACCAAGACCAGUGGAGCGGAGCCCAAGAGGGGCUUCAGACCCCCCCAACACUGCCCCACCCUGGCUCAGGUGGUCAGCCGUAAGGUCCAGGCCGCAGUACCGGAGCAGAGCUUGGUCAUCAUGAAAGAGAUUAAAGGAUCCAAAGAAGAAGACAAAACCCCCCCGGCCUGGUUCACUUCCUACAUGGAAAAGGUGAAGACCACGUUUAAGGAUCAGGUGGUUCGGGAGGCGGUGGAGAAGAUCUGCCGGGAGUUCUCCGGACAGUGCUGCAUCCACAAACCACUCGGGGGAGGAGGAGUAGGUGGAGGAGGAGGAGGAGCAGCAGCAGCAAGUCGGGGCACAGAGGCCCAGCAGGUUCCUGAGGUGGCAUCUUCCACCUUGCCUGGAGCUCCAACGUCCUCCACACCUUCUUGCUCCUCCUGCAGGGGCCAGACCACCGGAGGAGGCUUCCAGUGCAGUGUCUGUACUUCCUGUACUCUGUGCGAGCCCUGCAGCUUCUCCCACGAUCCCAGUCACAACCUGGUGAGAGCACGGACCCCCCUGUCCAUCCCAGAACACGGAUCUCCGGCACCGGACCACAGCAGGUUUCACAGACGAGGAGACCGCAGUUUCCGGAAGGCAGAGAAACAGCGUCUGAAGGCUGAAAAACGUCUACUGAAGGCCGAGGUGAAAGAGAUCAGAAAACAGCUGAGGAUGGAGAGGCGGGGCAUACAGUGGAGCUCCUCCCACACCGAUGGAAGCUCCUCCCCCAUCCUUCUUCAGCCUCGCGCUACCCAGCACAGCAGCCCCGAGCGCCCAAAGUGCCCCUGUCCCAUGGGGGUCCCAGCCAUGAUGGCUGCUUUUCUGGAUGAGAACCUUCCUGAUGGGACCCGGUUACGUCCUGGAACCAAGUUCAUCAAAUACUGGAAGAUGAGGAACACUGGAACGGUCAGCUGGAGCUCCGACACCAAGCUGAAGUUCAUGUGGGGGAACCUGGCUGUUGCGUCCGGAGACCGUUGGAGAGAAGUGUCUGUUCCCUUCCUGCAGCCAGGACAGGUUGGUAUUGUGAGCGUGGCACUUUGUGCUCCGGCAGUCGACGGAUCCUACACUUCUCACUGGCGUCUGGCCCACAAUGGAGAGCAGUUUGGACCUCGAGUGUGGUGCAGCAUCGUGGUGGACCCCCAGGCCCCGGCCCCCAUGUUGGCUGAUGGGAUUCUUGUAUCGCCCUGCGCCACUCCACAGGGGAGGAAUCCAGCUGCAAAGGAGGGAAACACAUCUGGAGAUCAGCUGUUAAUGUCAGUGGACCAUGAAGAGUUCUGCAUUCCCUCUGUAGACCUGCUCACUGCCCAGGAUCUUCUGUCAUUCGAGCUGUUGGACAUCAACAUCGUCCAGGAGCUGGAGUGUGUCCCCAACAACACCCCUGCUGAUGUGACUCCCUGCAUCUCCCCUCUGCCUCAAGACAGCCACUUGCUGGACAAGAACAGCCCCUCUUUGGGUCUGAUACGGGAGGAGACGGAAGUCAUCAACAGCAUCAUGGAUAUUACUAAAGGGACAGGAUCUGGAGCUGAAGCAGGUGGGGUUCCAGCUCAGGAGGAAGGGGACCAUGACAUUGGGUCACCGUGUGUUUGUGAGACUCUGAUCCGCUCAGAUACCCUCCAGGAGGACCAUGGCUGUCUGAAAGAGGGCCCUCUAGAAACCAGCAAAGUCUUGUGUCCGGCUGCUGAGGGUGGAUCGUCCUCGGCCUCCAACAGUCCACUAAACCAGCCAGCUGUUAUCAAGCCUUCCCUGUCCUCCCCGCCGAACCUCUCCCUGCCUGCUCCCCCAGCUCUGCCCCCGGUACCAACGCCUGGCCCAUCCUUAGCGGCGGCCGCCAUGCCCGGUCUGAGCUCCCUGCCAGCUCCUCACCCUCAUCCACCCAGGACUCAGCCGACGGAGCCCACAGCCACAGGUGAAGGUGAGCAGUCCUGCAUGAAAAACGUCUCUGAGUCUGGAGUCAAGGACAAACGGAAGGAAAAAGAGGGGAUGAGGAGCCGCUCCUCCUCCACGUCUUCAGAGGAUUACAUCAUCAUCCUCCCCGACUGUUUCGACACCACUCGGCCGCUGGGCGAGUCCAUGUACAGCUCUGCUCUGUCCCAGCCUGGAGAUGUUCCAGAGAAGUCCAUGUCAGACUCAGAUCAUCUGUCUUCUGACCACAUGGCCAAUACCACCAAGGAGAUGGAGCUUCGUUCAACAGGUGAAGUUCCAGAGGCUUCGGGAAUGAACACGGUGGGAACCAGUGAAAUCCUUCACACGUCUGAGAUGGUGGAUGAUAAACCCCUGACACCUGAAUACUUGGCUCCACCUGAGGACUUGGCUCCACCUGAGGACUUGGCUACCCCUGAGGACUUGGCUCCACCUGAAGACUUGGCUCCACCUGAGGACUUGGCUCCACCUGAGUACUUGGCUCCACCUGAAGACUUGGCUCCACCUGAAGCCAUCAUCACACCAAGCAGUGCAGACAGCGGCGGAGAGACGGAUGAAACCAGCGCUGGGGAGUCUGAUCUGAACACACCUGAGGAAGCUUCUGGUUCUGAGCAAACUGACACCGGCGAUACUGAAGGAGAUGACUCUGGAGACAACCAGACCUCGGCGGUUUCUGGCGUUACCGAGGUGACCGGGGUCACCGGGGUCACCGGCGGGCUGGUGAAGGGGGCGCUGUCGGUGGCUGCGUCGGCGUACAAGGCUCUGCUGACCGGACAAAACCCUGCACAGCCUCCGGUGGACCCGUCCACUCAGGACACCAUGAUGGCGGUGCUGGUGGAGAUGGGCUUCGCCGACCGGGCGCUCAACCAGCAGCUCCUGCAGAAACACAAGUACAACCUGCUGGACGUGGUCAACGAGCUGGUCCAGAUCACCGACAACGACUGGUACUCCACGCACUACUGACCCCAGUCCCGGCCCGAGUCCCGAGUCCUGAUGAUACGACCCAGACGGGAAGACAGUCAUGAUUGACAGUGAACAGGGACUUUUGAAUCUGUUCUCUCUCUCCAUCCAUGCAUCUUUCCUUUGAUGGAGGAACUGCGUUCUUGUGACGUCCCAGAAUCCUCCCUGGAUCCCGUAGCAGACCAUCCAGCCCUGGUGUUUAUAGUUACUGUCAGACCCCUAAGGUUCCAGACUAAAAAGAUGGUUUUAUUUACAGAUGAGCUCCUGACAUGAACCCUCUGUUGGCUGCACUGCAAAAAUUCAAAAUCUUACCAGGAAUAUUUGUCUUAUUUCUAGUUAAAAUGUCUAAUUUUUAGUCAAAAAAUCUGAUUACACUUAAAACAAGAGU